GGAGCGGAGAGCAGCGGAGCGCCGAUCUGAGCGCAGGGGAGCGGCUUCACUGUGACCCCGUUCUACGGGGACAAAGCGACCGCCGGUUGGAGACCACCGGGGCGGACGGACAAGCGCGGACGGCGACGUCAUUUUUAUUCAUUAUUACUAUUAUUUUUUUUGGUCAAAGACAGAUCGUCGUUUUUUGGCGGUCAGACAGACAGCAACAGUUGUCACGAUGUCUGAAAUCAGAUGAGGCGAGAGCAGCGGAGUGAGCACUGCGGCGCUGCUGUGAUCCGGGCCGGGCGGGAUAAACGUGUUGCUGCCGCGUCCCGCCUGCGAAGACACCGCCGCGUUAAUCAGCUGGAAGAGCGAGGGCAGCGCGGUGUGCAUCUGUUUGUCAUUCCGGGCUUUCGGCGUCAUUCGGCUCGUCAGCCAUCCCCCCCGGUCGUGUCGAGGUUUGGUCUGCGGCUGAGGUGAAUCCAGACGUCAGGGCGGGCUCAUGUUCCGCUCAGCAGGGAAACGGGCUGUUGCGUCUGCAGAGAGUCAGAGCUGACGAGCCUGCUGAGACACACGGACAGACAGGCAGGCAGGCAGGCCGAGAGACAGACAGGAGCGAGGGGAGGGGGGCGACAGCCUGUUUCGGCUCUCUCUCCCCUUUGCGGAUCGAGCCGAGCCCCCUCCUGUUUCCACCCAGAACCCCCACCCACUUGCCUCCCGCUUUGCAUGGGGGGAAAGCAGAGCACAGCGGGUCGGCCCCGGGGUGCUUUUCCCGGUGUCUCUACGGAUGACAGCGCGGUGCCACCCUCGGCCCACUUCGGCCACUACCGGCCGAGCGGCACCAUGGGCCUAAGGAGCCGCUCGGUGAGCUCCGUGGCCGGGAUGGGCAUCGAGCACAGCCCCGCCGUGCCCUUCGGCUUCUACACACCAAGAGGGACGGACUCGGAUCGAGCCGGAGGGGGGUCAGGGGGCACUACCGCCGCCCCACACGGUACCGGCUACCAGGACACUGGGGGCGGAGGGCACCACACGGACGGGGUGCUCUAUCUGGGGUCCCGGGGGUCGCUGGCUGACACCUUGCCCCUGCACAUCGCACCUCGCUGGUUCAGCGCGCACAGCGGAUUCAAGUGUCCUGUCUGCUCCAAGUCUGUGGCGUCCAACGAAAUGGAGGUCCACUUCAUCAUGUGUCUAAGCAAGCCUCGCCUCUCCUACAAUGAUGAUGUGUUGGCGAGGGAUGCCGGUGAGUGUGUGAUCUGUCUAGAGGAACUGCAGCAAGGGGACACCAUAGCCAGACUGCCGUGCCUCUGCAUCUACCACAAAAGCUGUAUAGACUCAUGGUUUGAGAUCAAUCGUUCCUGCCCUGAACACCCCUCUGACUGACUGACCACCAGGUCCACUACGAAAACUGUUCAAGGACGUCUCGUUGUCCUGCCAUGGACAUCUGGCCGCAGAUGCAACCAAAUCUGAUGAAACAAUCAAAGCGAUCAACACAGACUUAUCCUGACAGAAUCCAUCCUCCUAACCAAGAUAAUUAAUCCUUGUGAACUGAACCAAAAAAACGUGACUGUCAAACCAUCGUACAUUAAAGCCCCCCCCCCCCAGCCCUCCAUUUUACGCCUGCUGAAAAGACUGCUUACAACCCCUCCACCCCCCACCCUCCCUUCCUUCCCUGCCCUCCUAUUUCUCCAGGCUAACAGAAUCCCUUAAAGGGCUUCAUCGGCCUCAGCUCCCCCUCCGACCCAUGCGGCCAUCCGCCUCCCUGACGUGCUCAGGUCCUCGCAGGCCUCCAGCAGCUGGCCUUCCAUCUUGCAUCUGGAUCCAGGCCUGUCACUCACUUGUGUCCAGCCCUCCCAUGGCCUUAACUGGGGAGAGGAGAGGAAGCAGAGCAGGGAGUAGGCAGGAGGGAAGAGGAAGGAAACCACGCAAGGAAGAAGGAAGCUGGCGAGGAGGAGAAGGAGGAGGAAACCGAUGAAAGGAGGUUGUUGCAGGAGCUCGCUUUGAGAGACGGACUUGUACGUUAUUUGGUGGGCCUCUCAUCCCACAACAGGACUCCAACUCGGUGACCUCUCAUCGCAGACCGGGUCCCGGUGUGCUUCUUUCUCAUAGUUCCUGCCUCAGUUCUGCACCCCUCCUCGCCAAUCUGACUCAUAGUAAUCAAAUCAAAAAGUCCCCAAAAUGCUUCUUAGACCUGGUUUGUGCACACCUGGGCAGGCAGGGAGGGACAGAGGGUUAAAAAAAAAAAACAACAACAAAAAAAGGGGGAUGCCAGCUUGUCUUCUUUGUACAGUA